GAAGGACGUCCGCCCUACUCCAGGGGAGACGUUGUCUCUGCUGCCCGGCCAUGCCGCACCUUUUCAGGCUUCGGCUCCCUUCCUGAGGCCCCGCCCUGGGGGGCAGCACCCACCCUGGGAGCCCGGGCUGCGGCCAGGGGCAUGAGAACAGCCAAGCGCCCGCGCCUCCUCGGCCGAGGCCGCGCAGACUUGCGAUGGCGGUGCAGCUGGCCCGCUGCAGUGUAGGGUAAACACAAGACGUGAAGAGUAGUGAAAGGGACUAGUGCUUGCCAAAGGGGCCUGAGAGGGAAGCCUGGUCAGCACCGUGUGGACAGCCCUGCACUGUUUUCCAAAGAUGCUCUUGAAGUAGUCCUCAUUAACACAGCUUGCCUUCACCUGCCAAAGCUCUUCAUCAUGGGCUGCAUGAAGUCAAAGGAAACGUUCCCAUUUCCUACCACAUUGGACAUUGACAAGCUGCAUGAGAGUGAGGAGGCCUUUAUUCCAGAUGACAGCAGUCAAUAUAGGACACCUUCUCCAGGUGAACAACAGCAAGUCCAGGAAGUAAAGAAACUCCCAGAGCCCGGUGCUGUGAUCGGUGCCCUGAUCCUUGAAUUCGCAGACCGUCUGGCCAGUGAAAUUGUGGAGGAUGCCUUGCAGCAGUGGGCAUGUGAAAACAUCCAGUACUACAACAUCCCAUACAUCGAGAGUGAGGGCUCAGACACCACCAUUAAUUGAUGAUACUCAACUGUGCUCUGGAUGUAGUCGGUGCUAGUUAAAUACAUAAGUUUUCAAAUUCCCAUGUCUAUGAUAUUAAUGUAAGGAUGCUUAUGAGGAAAUAUAAUUUUAAGCAAUUCUACUAUUUUAUCACCAAUGUAUAUCUGCUUGACUCAAGUUUUGGUCACAGAAGGUCUGGAAAGAGGUCUUGUGCCACCCAGCCAUUAGCUGUCUGUCAUACCAUGCUCUUCCUGGGGCAGGAAUGACAUCGCCAAAGAAAAUAUUAAAUAAAAAGUGCCCAAGUUCCAAAUGGUUAUUUUAAAGGGUUGACUUUAAAAUGACUAUUUUGUUGAUUUAUGCCAAAAAAAAAAAAAAAAAAACAACAUAAAACAAAACAAAAGGCCCAGAACAUGAAAGGGAAUUUCCUUAGAAUGUAAAAAAAUUGAGGAGUAGAACUCCAGCCAUAGUGAUCCAUAGCAUGUCUGUUGUCAAAACCUACUGUGUCAGGGAUUGCCCACUUCCUGACACCUAUAACCUACCAUUGGAGAGGUAAACCACCAGUGGAGAGGGCUGCCUUGAAUGUCGUUCUCAGUAGGAAGUCUAUUUUUGUAGAUGUAAAGGGUAGCAACCACCCUCAGCCUCAGGGUCAUGCCACAGCUGUUUCUGGAUGAUUUAAACUUUGCAUGUUACAGCCAUCUUUACAGAAUCUUUAUAGAAGUCAUGAUAGUUUAUCACAUUGAAAUAAGAAUCUCUUUGGUACCUUUUAUUCAGUAAAUCUUAACAAUGACAGAAAUUUAGUCUGCAAGGUGAAACUUUGAGCCUGGUUUUCAUGGCUAACAAUGUAUAAGGCCUCACUGCAGUGCUGGUACAGGGGUAGAUGUGUACAUGGUAUGAGGACUUGCAAUUCUCCUCCCAAAGGGACCACCUGUGUGCGAAUUAGCAGUCACUCAUGCCCCCAGAACACUCUUAGCCACAUACUCUACUCCUGAAUGGAGAACUUGUGUGGGUUUUAGCAGUCAUGAAUGCCCACAGAAUACUUUUAGUCAUAUUGUAGAAGUGUUAUAAAUUAGGCAUUUAAAAAACUAUCAUAUGCUUUAUUUUUUUUUUUUUUAAAUCUUAACUGUUUAAAACUCAACAGUAACAGAAGACCUUGAACAAAGUCAAUAGAAGAGGACUGACUGAGUGUCAAGAAUUAUCGCCAAGCUGUGCUAAACACCGAGUAAGAGGAAAUGGGGCCCAUCUAUACCAGUCCUUCAAGGACACGAUUUAUCAGCAUUCUUGAAAUCCAAAGCCAUUAAAGAAAGGCUUUUGAUAUCAUUGUGAUCUAAAUAGGUACUUGACUUUUACUCAAGAAAUGCUGAAUAGAGAAAUGCUGCCUCUAGUUUUAUAGUAAUACAUUGAAACAUAAGUCAAACUGUGUGAAUUCUCCAAGUUUUAGGAGCAGAGAGGUUGUUAAUAUUAGUGACAGCCAUCAUUCAGAUACCCAUUCAUUCUGUUAGUUUCACACACAGUGCUCCAUUACACUGGUGAUUGGACAGCUCACAGAACUGCAAGCAACCACUCCUGCUCCUAUGCCUUCCAUUUAGUUCAUGGAGCAGUGUAGUUUCCAAUGUCUAUACUGAUGAUUCAGGCAAAAGCCCCUAGGUCAUGAUGUUUCUCAUUCAAUUGGUUUCUCAUAUGAAGAUGCCUGUUGCAAAGUUUCUUGUUAUUUGACAAAUAUAAUUAAGUAUAUAAAAUAAUAUAUAUGUUGGUCAGAACAUAAAGACAAAAUCUACACAGAGAUAUUGGCAAGUGGGUACGGGUUGAGCAUUUCAACUUCAGGUUUCUUCUUUGUCUGAGGGUUGAGCCUGCCCAGUCCACAUCUACCCAGAUGUCUGCUCUCUGUUGCCCCUAUGUUUCACAACUAUAGUUUAAGCAACUAUGAUCAACAGUUUCAUCUCAUAUAUAUAUAUAUUAAAAAUGUUAUCAUACUCUAAGAGACCUACUUUAAAAUGUAUAAGAACUGUACACACACAGUAAGUAGUGGAUAAACUGUGUGAUAAAAUAAUUGAACAAACUUUAUACCACAUUGGACAGUAUCAGGAUAUAGUAUAGUUUGGCCUUGAUGAGAAUUAGGAACCUUUCAUGAGGAAUCAGCCCUUUUUAAUGGCUUUAUCUUCAAACAACUGAGUCUCGUUUGCGGUCUUUCAUUAAGGAGUAGAGGAGUGAGGAGGGUCCCAUAAAACAGAUCACUGAACAACUCGUUACCUGCUGGACAGAGACACGUGGAACAUGUCUAAGGGCACGAGACCUCCCAGUGGCAACUGCAGAAGUAGAAGUAGAACAUGUCCUGUUCCUUACUUAGACUCUCAAAAUGCCAGUGUGUUUCACCGCCCUUCCCUGCUGUCUCUUUGGUGUUGUUGCCUUUUGAUUACAAGCCUUGGAUGCUGGUGGAAUCUUAGUUGCCUUAUCAGUUCUUUACAAUCUACCUAUGGUUAUUAUCACUUAAAGCACAAUUUUGAAGGAGACAAAUAUGAUUAUCUUAAGCCCAAAGGAAUUUGUAUCAAGCUGUCUCAAACAUUAAAAGUAAAUGUACAAAAAUCCCAUGAUAUGCAGAUCCUAGUUAAUCAUCAGCAUUGGCAUUUGGGACCGAGUACACUUCUGAAUUACAUUAUUUUGGAAACCAGGGGUUAGAUAUGAUAAAUAAUGUAAAAAAAAAAAAAGUAAUGUACCAUAGAGCGUCUAUGGUACAUUAAACGACCCAGGUAUUUCUUCCUUGGAGCCAUAAACACUAGCUCUAAAGAAUUAGCUACCACUUUAGUCCCCAAACUCAAGUUUUGUUGGCAAACUUCCUUCACUGUAGGAGUUAACAUUGAAGAGGUAUUUUUUUCCCAGAUAUUUUUGUGAAAAUGGUUUUGUUGUUUGUUUUGGGUUUUUUGUAACUAUAAUAAAAGUCUAAUUGCAA